GCUGUUCCGCCUCAGACGCACGGACGGUGUUGGAUCUGUGCGCUCCUCUCUCUCUCUCUCUCUCCCUCUCCCUCUCUCUCUCCGUGCGCGUGUCCCCCGCUCCUCUCCAGUUGGGGGUCUCGGUGGAGACAUGUAGCAGCGGAUCCACCGGAUCCACCGGAUUCACCGGAUUCACACGCCGUGCAGCAUGUAGCAGCACCUGGAGCUCCUGCGUCCUCUCCGCUCCAACCCGUUUCCGGGGGUGAGUCCCGUGCGCGUGAGUGUCUCCCUCUCCCGGAGGAGCGCGUGCCCCCCCCCCCCCUGCACCUCCCGGUCGAUGGUCGGUGAGGAAGCUUCCAUCUUGAGUCCCGGAUCUACCGAGAGAACCAUGGCGAGCGAGUCCCCGGCUCGGAGCCUGGACGAGAUCGACCUGUCUGCACUACGGGACCCAGCUGGUAUCUUUGAGCUGGUCGAACUGGUUGGAAAUGGAACCUAUGGGCAGGUCUACAAGGGUCGUCAUGUCAAAACAGGUCAGCUCGCUGCCAUCAAGGUCAUGGACGUCACAGGAGAUGAGGAAGAGGAGAUUAAAGCGGAGAUCAACAUGUUGAAGAAGUACAGUCACCACCGGAACAUCGCCACCUACUAUGGAGCCUUCGUCAAGAAGAACCCUCCUGGAAUGGACGACCAGCUGUGGCUGGUCAUGGAGUUCUGCGGCGCCGGCUCGGUCACAGAUCUGAUCAAAAACACCAAAGGGAGCACGCUGAAGGAGGAGUGGAUCGCCUACAUCUGCAGAGAGAUCCUCCGGGGUCUGACUCACCUCCACCAGCACAAGGUCAUCCACCGGGACAUCAAAGGUCAGAACGUGCUGCUGACGGAGAACGCAGAGGUCAAACUGGUUGACUUUGGUGUGAGUGCUCAGCUGGAUCGUACAGUGGGGCGGAGGAACACAUUUAUCGGGACGCCCUAUUGGAUGGCCCCGGAGGUCAUCGCCUGUGACGAGAACCCCGACGCCACGUACGACUUCAAGAGUGAUCUGUGGUCGCUGGGCAUCACGGCCGUGGAAAUGGCGGAGGGGGCGCCACCUCUGUGUGACAUGCAUCCAAUGAGAGCGCUCUUCCUCAUCCCCAGAAAUCCUGCGCCUAGACUCAAGUCCAAGAAGUGGUCGAAGAAGUUCCAGUCCUUCAUCGAGGGCUGCCUGGUGAAGAGCCACAGCCAGCGGCCGAGCACCGAGCAGCUCCUCAAGCACCCGUUCAUCCGGGACCUCCCCAACGAGCGGCAGGUCCGCAUCCAGCUGAAGGACCACAUCGACCGCACCAAGAAGCGGAGGGGGGAGCGGGAUGAGACCGAGUACGAGUACAGCGGCAGUGAGGAGGAGGAUGAAGAGAGGGACGCCGGAGAGCCCAGCUCCAUCAUCAACAUCCCCGGGGAGUCCACUCUGAGGCGGGACUUCCUGCGUCUCCAGCUGGCCAAUAAGGAGCGGUCGGAGCUGAUCCGGCGCCAGCAGCUGGAGCAGCAGCAGAACGAGGAGCACAAGCGCCAACUACUGGCCGAGAGGCAGAAGCGCAUCGAGGAGCAGAAGGAGCAGAGGCGGCGGCUGGAGGAGCAACAGCGCCGUGAUCGAGACCUGAGGAAGCAGCAGGAGCGAGAGCAGAGGAGGAGGUACGAGGAGAUGGAGCAGGUCCGUCGGGACGAGGAGAGGAGGCACGCCGAGAGAGAGCAGGAGUAUAUCCGUAGACAGCUGGAGGAGGAGCAGAGGCAGCUGGAGAUCCUGCAGCAGCAGCUCCUGCAGGAGCAGGCCUUACUGCUGGUAACAACUCACACAGACACACAGGAAACCAGUGGAACCAGUCUGUGUCACGCUGUGGGAGAACACAACGGCUCAGCUGGAUUCAGAGUCCACUCAGGGAAACACUUAGAGCCACUGGAUAGAACUCAAUCUGUCUUUAGAAGCAGUUUGAACUUCACACAACAUUAGAGCAGAAAUAUGAGAAUACAAAUGUAAAAGAUUAGGAAGUUAAAAACUAAAUAAAAUGCAAUAUUUGAAAUAAUUAAA